AUCUUGUUCACCCCGCUCACACGAUCUUGUUCCGCCUCUGCAAGUCAGCUGGUCCCUUGAAGACUUCUCUCUCGAUAUACAACGGGGGGCAGUUGUAUCGCUAGGCACCUGCUUUGACUAUUGGCUUCAUCCUGCAUUCUGGGCGUCAGUGAUAACGUCCAGUUCAAAUGGCACCGAUAUGGCAGUGUUCUACGACCUCGAAGACGAUGACUGCGCUUCCGGCAGUCGAUCGGGCAAUGACUUGGGAUCUGCGCAAUCCGAUCCGCGUCCGUACCACACUUGGAACCAGCUAAACUCAGUGACCAGGGGAGCAACAGUCGGAAGCAACAGCACAGACGAUAAGUCCACCGCGGUCACAGCAAACAAAUUAGCAGCUGCCUUAACGUGCUAUCCUGUUGCUUUAUCGCUGGCCUCCUCGAUUGACCUUAAUGAUCUCCAUGCCCUUUCCUCGACCUGCAAAAGCGUCAAUGCGAGCUUGACGCAGUUUGCACACCAGCUUAAAACGCAAUCACUGCGAUGCGUCCACGACGAUACUCCUCUUCUCACCGAGAGACUAUCCGCGCAGAGAGCCGAACCGCAGCUCGAGGAAUUGCUCUAUGAUACGUUGUUACCUACAGGGGCCGCAGCCUCCCGUGAUCAAUACCAAUCCCUUCCAGGCUCUGUCAUUCCUGCGAGGCCAGAAUACAGACCUGUUGGGCUUUAUACAUCAUCAGGAGUUACAAGCAAGCUCAGCCCCUGUGCCCGAGACCUGGUAGCACCGUGCAGGCGAUGUGGCAUUGUUGUUUGCCGGAACUGCACGGCCAAACCUCCCAGCAGCAGUAGGAUGAAGAACAGAUAUAGACGAUUAUGCAAGACGUGCUUAGACGCACCCAUCGAGGCUCAUCUGCAGCCUUUACGCUCGUCAGGUUUUGACCAUAGAGCAACCAAGUCCAGUGCAAGUUCCAUCCGGUCAGAACGCUCAGUGUCAGGCUCAUCCACGGCAAGUUCUGAGGAUGGAUCCGAUGAACAUGGUCCAGAACAUGAAUAUCAUAUUACUUUCACGACGCCGGCCUUCCUACGAAAGCCUUGCACUUGUGACUCGCACGGCAUUUUCCUCUGUAUGCCAUGUGCACAGAAUCUUGGAGCGUCUGAUACGACAUAUCAAAGAGUCUGGACCUGGAGAUCGAGAUAUUCCACGCACAUCGGCGGUGGUUUGGGAACCGGAUUAGGGGUCGGUAACCAAGGCCAGAAGUGUGGGCGCGGCGAAGACUGUCUUGAAAGUAGCGGGAAAGCCGUGUGCUGGGUCGAGAUAGAAUGCUCCGAAGGCAAGGGUUGUGAUGAUGCUGAGGGUAGUGGUCCGAGUCGGACUGGUACCCCAGACUAUGUCAACAAUAAGCCCGGCUAUUUGCAGCAAGAAAUCGAGGGCAUUGGUGGGGUUGUUAAAAAAAAGGUGAAGAAACGAGUCAAGGUAGGUGCCACAGUCUGGGAGUAUGAGGACGAAAGGGAAAGUGGCAAAUACUUGGAGAGGGAAUCUCAAGGAAUCAUGCGCAGCUGGUGUGGAUGGUGUCGACGUGUGUGUCCAGGGCCUGAGGAUCGACAGCAGCUCAAUCUGAGACUUGUCUCCGGUACAGGGUAGAAAGAUGGAGUAUCUGAUAUAUCUGUAUACAGAAACUCAGUACAGGCUAGGUACUUGAGGUACCUAGGUACAUGUGCCGAGUACAAUUGGCAUGACAGAGACCAAUUGCCGCACAAAAGCCAUUCGAGGUG